GUUGUUAGUCGUCGUCGUCGUCGUCGUGCGCGUUAUAUUAAUGUAAUAUUAGCGACUACCGGUAUAUUCUACCGGCGCUCGAUCGAUUUACACAAACGUGUACGUAAUUCAAUAACAUAUUUACAUACAUGGCCCUUUUCGUCGUCUAACUAUCUAUUCACGUCUGGACACCGCGCGAACUCUGACUGUGAUCUUUUACGAGGAUAGAUUUAUACAUGUUUAAUAUACAUGACACGCUUGUGUAUAAGUGUAUAAGUUACCUGGUGGCCGGUGGAGAAUUGUAUCUAAGUAUACAUUACAAUAAUGCGCGGAACGACGUCGUAUUCGAAUGCCGCUGUUCUGUUUGCGUUCCUGUGGGUAACGAUCCCGUCAAAACCAUGCCUAUGCUACAACACUGACUGCGAUUUCACUGAAAGUUACGAUGAGGUCGUCACAGUCAGCAUCAAUGAACCUGUACAAGUUACUAAGUAUAAAUGGUGUUUGGACAUACCACCAAGAUGUCCAGACAAUAAGCGAGAGUUUAGGACCGUACUCAGGAAUGUUACGGUGCCUAAAAUGCGCAAGGUGAAAAGGUGUUGCAAAGAUCAAAUUCAGUUGUACGAUAAUUGUGUUUCGAGAUGUGCUGAAGAUCAAUGUCCGAAUAUUCAUUGUACACCAGGCACUGAUAAAUGUAAAUGCAAAUCAGGAUAUACGGGUCAUUUAUGUAGACAAAGUUAG